CGGAUGUUGCGUCACUGCUGCUUUAAAGCAGGCUGGGUCGAGCCGAUCCGAGCGGAGUCAGGCCACAAGACACGGACCAGAUGGACCACCCCGGAGCCUGAAAACCAGGACGGAAAACCGGACUCAAGACCUGGACCCAACGCGGAAACCCCCGGGACGAAAACCGGAUCAAACCCCGAGAAUCGGAGCAUUUAAACCGGAGUGAGGACGCUUCGGUAGCCGGGCCUGCUCUUCCAAAAUGACUGACGCCGAGGUCUCCCUGUCCCCGGUUCUACAGCCACUCCACCUUAGCCCCUCCCACUCUGCCCUGCCCCCUCCACCAGCCUCCUCCUCCCCCACCACCUUCUCCUGUCCCUCUUCCCCCUCCAGUGCCUCCUCUUCUUCCUCCUCUUCCUCCUGCUCUGAGAGCUCCUCAGACUGCCCCAACCACCAUCACCAUCAUCAUCAUCAUCAUUACCCCCGCCCUCAGCUGCAGCUGCCCCCGCCCUCCCACAGUGAGCAACCUUCCUCCCCCAGCGCCAGCCCCCGCAGCUCCAGCCCCAGCGGGAGCAUCGGCAGCACCGGCAGCCUUGGCAGUAGCAGCAGCGCCAGCGAGGGCAUCGGCAGCAGCGGCACGUCAAGCGGCGGCGACCUUCGAGGACCGAGUCCGCCGCUGGAUGUAAUCUCAGAGGACGCCAUGGAGAUGGACCUGGGAGUCGACCAAGUGAUCGACCCUGAAGUAGCUCUGAAGGCUUGCCAAGAAGUACUUCUCCAGGUUAAGCUGCAGAACAGAGAAGUGCCUGAACAGCGGCAACUUGACAACAAACAUCAACAGGAUUAUCAACAACGGCAACAGCACUACGCAGACUUAACAGAGCACUCCAGUCCUCAGUGGCACAUCAGCCCAGACACCAGCUCCAUCAAAGAGGAAGAUGAGGAAGUGGAGGGGAGUUCUGGGAAGGAGGGACAAAAACAAGGGGGCACUUCCCAGCAAGAUCCACCUCCUUCAGCCCGGCUAGAGUCUUCUUCACUGCCGUUGGCGUCAUCAUCAUCUAAACAGUCAUGGCUGUUGCGCCUCUUUGAGUCCAAGUUGUUUGAUGUUUCCAUGGCGAUCUCCUACCUGUACAAGUCAAAGGAGCCGGGGGUGCAGUCGUACAUCGGGAACCGACUCUUCAGCUUCCUCGACAGCGAGGUGGACUUCUACCUGCCACAGCUGCUCAACAUGUACGUGCACAUGGACACCGAGGUGGGAGACGCCAUCAGGCCAUACUUGAUCCAUCGCUGCAGAGGCAGUAUCACCUUCUCUCUGCUGUCGGCCUGGCUGUUGGGCGCCUACUCCUCCGACAUGCACAUCUCCACCCAGCGUCACUCCAGAGGCACCAAACUCCGAAAACUGAUCCUGUCCGAUGAACUCAAACCUCCUGCUCCUUCGUCCGACGCUUCCAGACCACUUUCGGCUUCUGUUUCUGAAAGCCCGGUGUCAUCGCCGUCCCACCGACGCUGUCACCGCAGGCACAACAGCAGCAACACGGAGGCCCCCAACUCCGCCUCCAUCUCUCCGUCCUCCCCAACCUCCCCGUCUACCGGUCCCUCCCCAGACAGCCCCGCACCCAGGGAGCCGGAGGUCUUCGUUUCCCCUUCCAGAAGGACCCACCAGAGAUCUAAGUCGGACGCCACCACGGCGAGCAGCGGGCCCGGCACCGGCCUCCGACGAACGGGGAGCAACCCAAAGGUGGAGGCAGUUCACGAGGAGCCGGAGCGUCUCCGUCCUCAGCGGGAGUUUGUGAAGUCUCUGCUCUGCAUCGGGAAGCGUUUGGCCACGCUGCCCACCAAAGAGCAGAAGACCCAGCAGCUGAUCUCAGAGCUGCUGCUGCUCAACCACAAGCUGCCGGCCCGGGUCUGGCUGCCCACCGCCGAACACCAGCACCACGUCUGCCGGAUCCCGCACACCCAGGCCGUGGUCCUGAACUCGAAAGACAAGGCUCCGUACAUCAUCUACGUGGAGGUUUUGGAGUGUGAGAGCUUUGAGACGUCUCCUGUUCCUGUUCGGAUCCCAGAGACCAGGAUCCGCUCGGCUCGUUCUGCAGAGAACCUGGACUGCGGCGGCGGCGCCAACGCGGCUAACGCUAACGGGAUGACUUCAGAGCACAGGGCGGGAAGUUUCUCCGUCGUCCCAAACUACGACAACGACGACGAGGCGUGGGCCACCGACGAUAUUGGACAGCUGCAGGUGGAGGUGGAGGCUCAGACCAGCAGCAGUGAUAACAUCAGUCAGUUUUCAGUCGACAGCAUCACAAGUCUGGAGAGUAAAGAGCCGGUGUUCAUCGCUGCCGGAGACAUCAGACGUCGCCUGUCGGAGAACCUCGCUCACACUCCGACCUCGUUCAGGAGAGACCCCGAGGACCCGUCGGCCGUCGCCCUCAAAGAACCCUGGGGGGAGAAAGUCAGGCGGAUCAGAGAAGGUUCUCCCUACGGUCACCUGCCGAACUGGAGGCUACUGUCGGUCAUUGUGAAGUGCGGUGACGACCUGCGACAGGAGCUGCUGGCCUAUCAGGUCCUCAGACAGCUGCAGUCGAUCUGGCAGCAGGAGAGAGUUCCCCUGUGGAUCAAACCUUAUAAGAUCCUGGUGAUGUCGUCAGACAGCGGGAUGAUCGAACCUGUCCUCAGCGCCGUGUCUCUGCACCAGGUGCGUAAACAGAGUCAGCUGUCUCUGCUCGACUACUUCCUGCAGGAACACGGCAGCUACACCACCGAGGCCUUCCUCACCGCGCAGAGGAACUUCGUCCAGAGCUGCGCCGGGUACAGCCUCAUCUGUUACCUGCUGCAGGUCAAAGACAGGCACAACGGGAACAUCCUGCUGGACUCCGAAGGUCACAUCAUCCACAUCGACUUCGGUUUCAUCCUCUCCAGCUCCCCUCGCAACCUCGGCUUCGAGACGUCCGCCUUCAAACUCACGUCGGAGUUCGUCGAUGUGAUGGGCGGUCUGGACGGAGACAUGUUUAUCUAUUAUAAGAUGUUGAUGCUUCAGGGUUUGAUUGCUGCCAGGAAACACAUGGAGAAGGUGCUGCAGAUCGUCGAGAUCAUGCAACAAGGUUCCCACCUUCCCUGUUUCCACGGCUCCAGCACCAUCCGCAGCCUGAAGGAGCGUUUCCACAUGUCUCUGACCGAGGAGCAGCUGCAGCUGCUGGUGGAGCAGCUGGUGGACGGAUCCAUGCGCUCCAUCACCACCAAGCUCUACGACUCCUUCCAGUACGUCACCAACGGCAUCAUGUGACCAGAGACGACGUGGACCCUUAAACUACCAGCUGCACAGACUCCUUGACACCUUUCAAAGCUGAGUCGGAGGAUUUUCGCUGAGGGGAUUUGCCGGAUUUGAGUCUCGCGUCAACCUCGUCCGAACAGAGGAUCCAGCGACGGUCGCGUUCACGUGCAGCUGGGAAAGUACAGCACCUGGGCCUGGACAGAACAUUAGACACACGGAUCACAGAGGCUACGGACUUCAGAAUCUGCCUGAGACAGAUUUCAUUCAAAAACAGACUUGGAUUUUACUGGGUUUUACUCUGAACCAGCAGGAUAACGGAGGAACAGGAGAGGAAGGUAAACUGCUGCUGAAAAGAAUAUCACCCACAAAUGAAUUCAGGCAUUUACUGAGUCAAACUCCCAAACUCUGCAGGGCACAGUUUUACGUAAGCGAACGUCAGCCUCUCUGGAUUUGCGGCCGCCGAUCGGACAAUAAUAUUUGAAGCCAUGACUUCAGUUUCGGUUUCUCAUAAUUACGAGAUCUUUAGUUUGGUAGGAUGAGAUACGGGAUCUUUUCUGCACGUUUCAGUUCGAUUUUCAAGCAAAGAACUUGAGAGAUUUAUACACAAAGAACUUUUCGUCAUAUUUAAGAUUUGUCUUUUUCAUCUUUAAGCUUUUUGCCAAAAAAAAAAAGUGCAGAAAAGAUCCCUUACUUCUGAGAGUCGGUAGCUGAUUGAUAGGAGAUAGCGCUCUACUAAUGAUGAGGUGCCAAGUCAUCGUUUCCAGAUCCAUGCCAGAAUUCAAGGUUUCCACUUUCCAAUUAAGCAGAUGAAUGUAACGUACUUCUGAAGAGGAGUCCGCGAAACUAAUCAACAGACCCCCCAAGUUAGCCCAGCGUUGUGUUUUAGUUUGUAAUUAACCAGAUGCUGAAUCCUCAGAAAAGCAUGGAAACGUGUCUCUUAAGACAGCAGCUUGUUUCAGCUGAUCCUCUCCAGCUUCACAUCAGAACUCUGAAACCAAAACCCCGUUCCAACCCCACAGUACGACACACACCAGCAGGACGUCUGCCCGUUUCUUCCUCUAAUGAACGGUUCUGUCGUCUGUUGGUCCGGUUGUUCUUGAAGAGCAGACCGGUAAGAAAAACGCUAAAUGGAGAAGGAGAAAGCACAAGAUGAACUUUGUGUCGUCUCUUUGCUCUGAAACACAAAAUGGGUUCGAAAGACUGAAACGAGAAAAUCGUUUUUUAGUUUGAACAGGUUUCUUUCCGUCGGAGGACAGAACGAAACUGGUCACGUUGAGUUUUAAUGGUUUUCCCCAGAUAUUUAUCACAAGCAUUAAAGCUAAUGCUGCUGUUGUUUUAGUCUCCGCAACCUCGGAAAGCACUAGCAACGUGAAAUAUUUCAAAAUACAUCGGAGGGAUCGCCAGGAAAGCUGUUUCCAUUAGUCGGCAAAUUUCAAUUGCUCCAGUACAAGUUUACGACAAGAAGCCUCAUAAACUACAGACUUAAUCCUCGUUGGCCUUGAACCUGUGUCUUUAACUUAUUUAUUUUUUUUAAAUACAAACAUGAACAUGAUUUUACUUUCUCGUCUUGAACCCAGCUCUCAGCAGGAAUGUGGAUCAGCUAAUGAGCUUGUUCGAUGUGCGGAAGCUCUCGAACAACUUCGGCUGCAGCCUGAAAGGUUCCGUGUCGUUCACUGCUCAGUGGCAGGACGACGUCUGCUCCCGCGAGCAUUUACGCGCUGACGUUAGCACGCUCUCCAACGCCAUCGUCGUCUCUGAAUCAAAAAGCUGGACUAAUGUUUCGUUCAUCGGCAGCCUCUCUCUCACAUGAAGCUGGGAUUUAAUGUAAAAUCACUAGUGUAAUAGGGUCGAUUGUGCAGUGCUAAUUGCGGCCUUCAGAAAUUUUCAGCUAUUUUUAGAGCUUUAAAGAUUUAAAAAAAAAAUGUUUUAUGUCUAAUUAAUGAUUUUCACAAACAUGAUUAAACUUGAGAAACCAGGAACUUGAACCGUUUCUGGUGGGGAAAAAAAAUAACCAACUAAAAUUCAACAUUUGCAUCACCUCAUCAAUUUAUGUGAUCUGGAGGUUUGUCAGGGAGUCGGUCUGGUUUCAUUUGUUUUUUUCCUGUCGAGUUGAGUUUCUAUAAAGACACUAACUACACAACACGUUAACGAGGCUAACGAAAAGAAAACUCCACCGCGUUGAACUGAUGCGGAACGUUUACCUGGAUGCGGCCUAGCGAUGCACAGCUUCCGAUCGCCUGUGGGCUCUUUCUGCGAAACUCGCCCACCACUUCGGUGGUUUUCUGUCAGAUUCGAGCCAAAGCUGCUGCCGAGCUGCAGCGCGACACUUGGUUUGCAGCAGAUUUACGCAACAACGUCGUCAUCCCUGUCCCACUACCUGUACAUCUGUGUAUAUCUGAACCGAAUUCACGUGUUACGGUUGCGCGUCCGUUAACGAUGCGUUUGCAUUAUUAACGAACUCGACACAAGAUACAUUCCUGUGAUUAACUCGAGAAGAAUGAGAGCGACGGACUCUUUGGUUCUGCGUUUGACAGAAAAUGUAAUUUUCUUUCCCAGGAGAUCAAUAAUGGUCAGUUUCCUGGAUAUGUGAAUGUUUUUUAAAACAGUCCACUAAAACUAAUGUUUAUCUCGAAACAGACCUGUUGUCAGUAUUGAUGAGCAAAGGCUUCGUGUCUGAACCUUAACACUUAUAAUAAUGUUGUUUGCUGGUAACACGUAGCAAUGGCUUUAUUCCAGUGUAUUGCACCUGCGUAUUAACAUAUUAACAUGCUGCUUUUUUGUCUUUGAGAAGUCAGUGAAAUUUUGUAUUUCUUGUGUACUUGGAAUAUCAGUCUUUAGAUGAAAAGAGCGGAUCUAGGUUGGUGUCCGUAGACUAGCUAACGGAGUUAGUAGGCAGCCGUGUUAGCUAGUGAUACCUGAACCUACUUUUAGACUAAUUAGUUCAAAGACGGCUUGUUCCGGUCUGUAGCUACCAGCUCGUCCCUCUACUGUAAAUACAGCUGCAGUUACAAACGCGAGGUACGAGAGCAGAGGCUAGUUAGCAAGCCAGCAGGCUGUUCGCUAGGCACUGCUCUUGUAAACCACAUUUACACCUAAGUUGUAUUUCCAACGGAGGUAGAAGGAAGUAGAGGGAAAGGUGAAAUUGUGAUUGACAAAUAAAACAACAUGACAUUAGAGUGUGGAGGAAAAACACGAAAACACACUUGACUAGCAAGCAUUUAGGCUGAGUCACUGUCAUGCUAACGACUAACAACCGCGGUCGUGAAACUAAAUUAUUUUCAUUCCAGCUUAAUCUGCCAAUUAAUUUCGCGAUCAAUAGGUUCGAUAGGUAUUUUUCAUCACGUUUGGACAUUUAAUAGACGGUCAUGAUUCCGCAGAGCCCAAGGUAACAUUUAAAUGGCUUGUUUUGUCCUAAAUUCAGUUUAUGACAAUAUACCACGAGGAAAAGCAUUAAAUCCACACAUUAGAGAAGCCGUUUUUACUCAAAAACAUGAAACUACUCAGUGAUUAUUGAAAUAGCGGCUGAUUAUUUUACUGCUGAUCAACAAAUCGAUAAGGCAACUUAUCUUCACUUCCAGUUCAAUUAAAAAGGGGUUUUCACUGUGUAAAAGAAUUUUCCUGAAUAUUCCUUGUUUUUUACCAAAGUGUAUUCAUUUUUUUUAAUUAGUGGAGAUUUGUAUGUCAAAAAAAAAGGUCUUUCUCCAAUAGAAAACACUGCAGGACACCGCUCAACCAAUGCUACUCUCUAGCUAAAUAGCUACUUACGUGAAGGCUAACUAGCUGAUAAUUAGUCAGCUGAAUAUCUUGAUCGCAGGUCCGUCCCCAGUAGCAUGUUUCUCUACUUUAGGUACAAAAUGUUUAAAAAAUCUUUUCAUCACCAUGUACAAACUGUAGUCAGUUGUUUUAAAUCCAUGUUCCCAAACUGCUGCCGUUUGUUAACCAUCAACAUGACAGUGACUCAGCUGAAAUUCUUGCUAGCUCGUUAGAUUGUGGUGAUUUGAACAGAAAAAUAUAAAGUAAUGGGUUUUUUUGUCAGAUAUAAUCAAGUUUUAGCUUUUAUUCUUACGAAUUGUGCGAGUGAUGUUAGAAAUGAAUGCGUCGUUAACGGCAGCCAGAUGAACGAUAGCCAAUCGCAAUAACCAAUCACAGUGGAAGAACUGUGUUGAAAUAUAACUUAAUCGUAUCUAUCAUCAUCGUGUAUAUAAUGUAUUCCUAUUUUUAAUCUAUCAAUAUUCUCCCACUGCUUCUGUUUGUUAACCAUUAGCCAAAAUGACUCGUCGACUAAAAUUCUUGCUAGCCUGUUGUCCUUUUUUUCCUUCGUUGCUAGCUAGUAGCAGAGUAGAAGAUCAGCGACUAGCUAGCUAGCUGGAGACAGAACUGAACAGACUGCGACAGGCCCAUCAGCGAGCUAACUGUUUCACGUUUUGCUCUGUUUUUAAUCUCGAGUUUUAUUUUAGAUUCUCGUGCGUUGACGUCCUUGUUUGCGAUAACAUACGUCGUGGAAAUUGACACUAUUUGAACUAACCGUGUUACUGUAAAGGCAUUGAAAAAAGCCUCUCACUGGGUUAAAGCCAAUGCUUUGUGUUGCCGUCAUAUAAUUAACAUCUGUACAGUUGUUCUGAGGGUUUUUUUGUGUUUUGACCACUAUUGAAGGAGAAGCACAGAUCUGUAAUUGUAAAAGCAGCAUCAUGUUACCUUCUGCUAACUGUUAGCCUGCUACUUUAUACACCACCACGCUUGACAAAGAUGCAGCUGUGACUAAAGUUUACCAGAUAAGCAACUAAAAUAGCAAAUACUCGUUCUCUCAUUUGUGAAUAUGUAUGUAUGUAAAUGAACUGACUUAGUUUUCCUAUGAGAAAAACAGAUGCCUUGAGACGUACGGAAGGUACAAACUCUUAUCAAUGCAACAUGAGGGACGAAGGACCUGAGAAGUGCUUUUCUAUCAGACGUUUGACCACUUCAGGGACGAGUUUCAACACUUUGUCCUCCUCUCCUACACCAGUCAUGACGGGGAGUGUAUUUCUUUCAAUUUUCCAGGCAGUCUAGUCACGAUUCGCUAACUGAAGCAUUUGUGAUAGCUAUAGCGACACUUUUCUAAUUUAAAGCAAUUUCAAAUGUAAAGUGAAAGUGUCACCACUAAUCCUUGACAUUGUCUCUAUGUCCUUGUUGUUUUCCACUGUUAACUAUCAAAUAACGGCAAAAAUGCCUUUUAAUAUGACCUUAAAAUAAAAGCUGCUAAAAUUG